AUGCAGUUUCUCCUUCCCGCAAUCGCGCUUCUGGCCUCAGUUGCUGCUGCUGCCAAAUGCCAGACUGCUCUCAAGUAUUGCGCUUACACCCUUGUUGGAAAAGGUGACUAUCACCAGCAGGUUAACAACGCCAUUUCAAGCUACACUGGUGGCCCGCUCAGAAAUCACCACCCGGACUUUUACAUCUACAACUGCGAGAGCAGUGACGCCAUCACUGUUCAUUCAUCGUGUCCCAAUGGCUGUGUUGAUGGCGGCGAUGACAACAGCGACUUCUGCGGUUGA